CUGUAGUGCACGAUGCAUGGUGAGCUUGUCUUAGUUAUCUAACCAGAGACGGUCAUGUUUGGCUUCUAAACACCAAACUAAACUAGCUGCUGCUGUACACAUGCUAGCAGGAGACAUCACAGUUCCAACAGUGUCGACAAGAUCUUUCACUCUGUGCCCCUAUCCUUCAGUAGUGUGCUUUUUCUCAAACCUGUCAAGGCGUCUUCAAAAACCCCAUCAUAAGCAAAAGAUUUUCCCUGCUCUUCGACAGACUUUCUCCUGCAGAUUUGUGCAAAUGGAGGAUAAGGAGGCUUCAACCGAGCUCGUUCAUCUUGGGGAGAAGCGAGCGUGCCCUGAGGAGGAUUCGGAACAUACAGUAAAGAAAGCCAAGCUUCAGGAUGAAGCUAAUGGCAGUCAUGUCAUUAAACAAACAGAGGGUGAGAAAGAAGAGAUGGAAGCAGAGGAGGGUGGAGAAGAGGAGUCUUUGGAGGAUGCAGAUGGAGAUGGAGACGGAGAAGGAGAGAGCUUUGCAGAUAUGAUGAAAUACGGCCUCAGUGAAGUGGAUGUAGGAAUCCAUAAGUUUGUUAGUGACCAUAAAGGCUUCUCUGGGAUCCUGAAAGAGAGGUAUUCUGAUUUCGUGGUUCAUGAAAUUAGCAAGGAGGGGAAGAUCUUGCGGCUAGAUGACCUCUCCAUACCAGUAGAAACUGAGGAUGCACCCAUAGAGACUGAGCCAGUAGAGUGUCAGGACCUGACAGAAGAGCAAAAACAACAGCUUGCUGAUCUGCAGCUCAUGAAAAACAAAGAGGGGAAUGUGGCGAUUGAGGUGGAAGGAGAUUCCAAGGAGAGGCGUACUUUGCUUCAUAAAGCAAUCAAAAGCCUAUACCCAGGCCUGGAGACCAAAACCGAGGAAAGAGAGGGCAAGAGGUUCAUAGUGGCGUAUCACACGGCCGGGAAAAAAGCACUAGCGGAAGUUCGAACAGCCGCAGCACCAAGAAAACACUCGUGGCCUAAGAACCGUGGCAGCUUCUGCCAUUUUGUGCUUUAUAAGGAGAAUAAAGACACCAUGGAUGCCAUCAAUGUUCUCUCCAAAUUUCUCAGGGUUCGACCCAAUGUCUUCUCCUAUAUGGGCACAAAAGAUAAGAGAGCCAUCACAGUGCAAGAGAUUGCUGUGCUAAAAAUCAGCGCAGAACGGCUGGCUCACCUCAAUAAGUGCUUGAUGAAUCUUAAACUAGGAAACUUCAGCUAUGAAAAGCACCCACUGAAACUGGGGGAGCUUCAAGGGAACCAUUUCACUGUGGUACUCAGAAACAUCUCAGGCUCUGGUGAACAGGUGGAACAGGCCAUGACCUCUCUCAGGGACACGGGCUUUAUCAAUUACUACGGCAUGCAGCGAUUUGGCACUACAGCUGUCCCCACACACCAGGUUGGAAGAGCCAUCCUGCAGAACAACUGGACUGAAGUGAUGGACCUGAUCCUAAAGCCACGACCUGGGGCGGAAAAGGGCUAUUUGGUAAAGUGUAGAGAGGAAUGGGCUCAGACACGGGAUCCUGAAGCAGCCCUGAAGAAGCUGCCUGUGAAACGCUGUGUAGAGGGCCAGCUCCUGAGAGGCCUGUCUAAGUACGGCAAAAAAAAUAUCAUUACAGCUUUCGGAAUGAUUCCUCGCAACAACAGGCUGAUGUACAUUCACAGCUACCAGAGUUUUGUGUGGAACACUAUGGUCAGCAGGAGAGUGGAGGCCUAUGGCCUUAAAGCUGUGGAAGGGGACCUAAUACUCAAAGAAGGCAUCGCUCACAUCCUGUCUGCAGAGGAAGCUGAGCAGCACUCCAUUCAUAAUAUCGUGAUGCCACUCCCUGGAUUUGAUGUCAUCUAUCCCACACACACAGUGGGAAAAGGCUACAGGGAAAUGCUGGCAGCCGAUAAUCUAGACAUCGAUAGCAUGAGGCAUAAAAUACGAGAUUAUUCACUGGCUGGAGCCUAUCGGCGUAUCCUUAUAUGCCCUAAAGACGUCACCUGGGAGCUGAUUCAUUAUGAAGACCCCCGAGUGCCUCUGGUCCACACGGAUGUAGAGAAAUUGGAAAACAAACCGGCACCGGUUUUUCUAGCGGAGGGUAAAUACAGGGCUCUGAAGAUGGAGUUCUCCCUCCCGUCAUCUACCUAUGCUACCAUGGCCAUCAGAGAAGUGCUUAAAAUGGACACCAGCAUCAAGAACCAGACGAAGCUCAACACCGUGUGGCUGAACUAGGACCUGUGUCUGUCUGGAGUUUUACUUCUCGCCAAGCUUUUAUUUUUAGUAACUGCAAUGAGAAAUAAGCACAGAUUUGUUCAGUAUUUAAUUUCUUAAUUUUUAACAAGCUUAUAAAACAGUAGGCAUAGACAUUUAAUUGACCUUUAUUACAGGGUGGACACUGUGUUUGCAAAAUUAACCUCCCUGUGUUAAACUUUUUGUCUAAUAUCAGACUGUGCUCUGUAUGUACAUAUAAGAUCAAUUCUGUCUUUCUUUUGUAGUUGCAAAAUGACACUUUGACAAUUAUAAUGUCCCCCCCACUUUUGGAAUAAUCUCAUAUGACUAAA